UCUUUUGGCUGCGCUUCGGGGGAGAGGAUGCAGAAGGAAUGAGGGUGAGAAGAGGCUGAUGGAAGGAAAAGGAGAGUACUCCAGGGAGAGAUAAUGGAAACAGAUGAAGGAAGCAAAGAAGAGCAAUACGAAGGGUGCGGGUGAACGCAAUGGUGAUGCCAGGACAGCUUGAAAUACAGCAAGGAAACAAGUCGCACUCUGUCCAGCAGCGUCCAUCCACAUCCCUUCAUCCUCAUCCCAGUUUGCGGAGCUGAUACUUCAGGUCGGACAGUUCCUACUUCUUCCCGUACUUCUCUGUCAUUGUUUCGAAUGGAGAAAUUUUACAGGUGAGGGACAAAACGAGAGGAGGAGCUGCAGUGUGUCCCCACAGUGUCACUUUUUUUUUUUUUUUUUUUUUUUUUUUUUGGGAGAGCUGAUAUUCAGACGUUUUUCAUCCCACUGAAUUGAUUCAGGCUUUCUAUCUGUGAGACUGAGCGCAUUAAGAGGAAUAAAUGUGAUCUUUGUUUGGGUCUGGUUUCAUCAUGCGGCGAAUGGUUCUGAUGCAGAACGUUUUCUGACGGGAUUGAGUCAAACUUCACUGAAGCUUUAGGAGGGUGGUGUUCUCGGACUGGGACAGAGGCAGUGGGAGACAUCGGCUACGUUGGUUUUUGGGUGGAUAACAACAUGACUUGUCCUGACAGAGGAACAGUGCCAUAUCAAGACUUUACCUAAACCUUCCAACCAGAAAGCAAACAGCCAGAAGGACAUUUAAAGACUAUAGCUCAUCAGCCCAAACCUCAAACCGGCUGUGGUCAGUUUUGGGUGGGCCUCCUCUUCUUCCCUCUCUCUCCCUCUUUUUCUGCCUUUUUCUCCAUUGCUUUGGCUUGUCCUCAGAAGCUCCCUCCUCCACUCUGUACCCCUCCCUCAGCGGUGCUCCUUCGCCCUGGGUGAGUGGGCAGGGGGGUGGCCCACGGUACCCCCCGACACCUGGGCGCCACAGAGCUGCCAGAGGCUGGUGAGGCAGCGGCAGGGUCAGCGCUGGGAAGAUGGCUGCUCUCGCCAGUUCCCUUAUUCGCCAGCGCAGGGAGGUCAAGGACCCCCAGACAAACCGACAGAUCGCCAGCAAGCGCAAGCCCUGCCCAAAGAGCAACAAGUCGCUCUGCCAGAAGCAAAUCCUAAUAUUAAUAUCGAAGGUUCGACUAUGUGGCAGUCGAGGGAGAAAAAUGGAGAAAAGACCAGAGCCCCAGCUGAAGGGCAUCGUCACGCGGCUUUACUGCAGACACGGCUUCUACCUCCAGAUGCUGCCGGAUGGCACCAUGGAAGGCACAAAGGACGAAAGCAGCUCCUUCUUGCAGUUCAACUUGAUUCCUGUGGGGCUCAGAAUAGUGGCCAUCCAGAGCACCAAGACAGGACUCUACGUUGCCAUGAACAGCGAGGGCUACCUCUACACUUCGGAACACUUCACUCCGGAGUGUAAGUUUAAGGAGUGUGUGUUUGAGAACUACUACGUCACCUACUCGUCCAUUCUGUACAGACAGACCCAGUCAGGUCGGGCGUGGUACAUCGGCAUCAACCGAGACGGUCAGGUCAUGAAAGGGAACCGGGUGAAGAAAACGAAGGGAGCGGCGCACUUCCUGCCCAAACUCAUUGAAGUGGCCAUGUACAGGGAGCCCUCUCUACAUGACGUGGCUGAGCAGAGCCCACCCAGGAAAACACCCAAGACCUCCAGUGACUCUCCUGUACUCCAGAACGGCAAGAAGGACCCUCAAUCUAAAACCAAAACCUCCUCCUAGCGCUCAGAGACACAGGUGGGAGCUGGGGUGGACGACACAGGGAACUGGGCGCCAGUUUGACCUGAACAGGGAUGUUAGGGCUACCCCCACCUGCUGCCUGCAACACUGACCCCACUAGAACUCUGCAUACCACAAUGCACUGGUUUAAAAUUGAAGAGAAGGAGCAGGUUCAUGCGGAGUAUAGCUGGCCAAAUGGGGGACCCUUUUACCUCCACAGACCCCCAUCCACACCAGCCCUCUACUUUCUUGUUUAAUAACCUCUGUGAUUAUCAAAGCCUGGGAUAUAAAAGCAAUAACUCCAUGAAGAGGUGAACAGUCGCUUAGCAUCGUAUAGCAUGUCACCACAACGUGUUUAACCAACUGGAAGGAAGCACCUUUCAGGCAUCACCAGACACGUCCUUCCUGUCAACCAAAUAUCUGAGCAAAGUCUUCCUGGUUUCACCACCAAGGGUGCAACAGUUAAAUCUGUCCCUCUGCAGCACAUACUUUACAAAUGGGUUGUGUUUUAAUUUCCCCACAGGGUUCCAUGCUAAUGUUAGCCUGACACGGAGCCAUGCGUAUGUGAGGCUGUCGCAGAGACCCUUGCAGAGUUUUGUUCUGUGGCCAUCUGCUUGGUCCGCAUCUUCUGCGUGUGUCAGCGACUUUCAGAGAUGGCCUGAAUACCUGUGUUUGUGAGUGUGUGCGUGUGUGUGUGUGUUUCUCUCUUCUUCCAUUCACCUUUGGUGCGAUUUGAUUAGUUUGUGACAUGGACUCAAUUUUCCACUCGGUGGCACAAGAAACCCCCCCCUCCAUCCCCUCUGGCUCUGUUAAUGGAGUCUGGGGCUGAUCAGAAUCCUUCGACCCUUAAACGAGGGGCCAAGAGCUCCCUCGGCACACUGUGUAACCACACACACACUCAUUAUUACACUGACAUUUACGCACACACGUAGAGGUGUGUGUGCCAUGUGCACUCACUUUAGUACCUGAUCCUAAUAUCCAUGAGCGACGACCGCAGAAAAUGAUCUCACAACUUAACACAAUGACAUGCAUUAACACACACACACACACACACACACCCACAAACGCACAGACACAUGUCGACGUGGCGGUGAGUGUGUGUGCAUGUCUGGGAGAUGAUGAGGAUAUCAUCAGCGAGAUGGGGUACUGAUGGAGCCUGACUGUGUGGCUUGUGAUUGCACUGCAAUAGCUUUUUUUCACUGUGGCUGGCCAAGCGUCGCACAAACCCCCGAGGCCCACUCAGUGUCUGUGCGCCCUUUAUCACUCAAUGUGGUAUUCGUGUCUGAAAAUACAGAAAGAAAAAUGUGUUUCUGAUUUAAUUACUGCAUCCGCAAAUUGCUGCCACCCAGUGAUGAAUUAAAAAAGCAUUACAUAUUUUUUGCAUAUGAUAAAAGUUUACUACAUCACAGUCCCCAUUCCAGAAAUAUUCUGUGUACUGUGUGACACUUUUUAUGGGCUCUCCACACAUUUUUUUUAAAAUUAGUUUGCAAGUCACGAGUAAUACCAUCCAGCCUGUGAAAAUAGUUGGAUAGAUAGAGGGUUUUUUGGCACUAGACCCCAUACUAGGGAUUAAAAGUCUGGAUAUCUUGGCCCUAGCUUUUUCAAUUUUGACCAUUCCUUCUUAAUCUGUCCCUUGAGACUUCCCCAAUUUUAUGGAUGGCCAUGCUAAGUGAAUGGAAUGGUCCGUUAAGUCUUUAUUCACACAUGUCAGUCGACUGACCAACACCAUGCCUCACAUGAAUCGCUUUCUUUCACAUAUUCACCUCUAAGCCGCUAGGUUAGACUGCCAACAACUGAGAAGCGCCACUGAAAACCCUUUUUCAUUUCAUUCAAACCACUUUCGAAAUAGGGAAUACUGUAAAUCUCUCCUGGAGACUUUGGUUAUGAUGCAAAGGAAUUCAAGCCUUCUUUACUUGUCAUUUCAUAGAUUAUAAUAAGAAUGUGUGUGUUUAGUUAGGACCAAAAGCAAGAAAACCAAAUUCACAUAUAAAUUAUGAAAUUGAUAGUUGUGAUAUAUUGAAAAGAGGAUGAAAAAAUAGAUUUGUUAUAUUUAUUUGUUAUUUGUGCUACACUCUCCUGGUAAAGAAAGGAGCAUAACUACUAUAAAAUAUUUCUCAUUCAGGAGUCCUUGAUCGGCGCGUUUGCAUUUGCUUUUUUCAUUCAACACGAAAAGCAAUCAUUUUUCAUAUCAAACCUUCUUGGUACAAUAUGCCAGGCUGGGUAAUUGUUUCUCCCUAAUGUUUAUGUAUUGUGGGAGGCGAAGGAGUUCUGUGUGUUCAGGAGGUAGAUGUGAGGCUAGAUUGAUGAUCUGGGCUCAGAGAGAGGGACGCACCAAAGAAAAGAAGACGAGGAAAGAGCGAGAGAGAGAUUUUAAGGGGAAAUAAUUUGUGGUGAUGAGGAGAACAGAAUGAGUUUUAAGAGGGAAUUAUGCUAAUGUGGAGAGAAUUCCCUGAAUGAACACACACGCACAUUUACACACACUUCUCAUUUCAUGCAUAAUCCUCACCUCCCCUGUAACCUGUGGUUGUAAAUAAUAAUAGCAGGUAACCCGUCCAGAAUAGAAGCGAGCUGCUUAGCAAAGCAAUCUGCUACCCAAGAGAAGACGAAUCCGCUCUGCUGAGGAGAGAGUGAGAACAAGUGAUGAGAACGAAUGGAGGUGUUUUAAGAAGGAAAGACAGAGGAGUAAGAGAAAGACACAAAUACACUAAAGGAGGGACUUGUGAGGAAGAGAGAAAAUAACAAUUUGGCUCAAUGAAUUGUAACCCAUUAGAGAGUUAUUGCCGUUACCUUUUGAUUUAUUCAACACGGGUUACUCUUAAAACCUCACUUACAGUUACACUUACUCACUUAAACUGUUAAAUAGACUCUUCAGUUGGUGUUUCUGCGCUGUCACCCCCUAUGGAUCGCUAAAUUUAGAACACAAUGUAUGAGUACCGCUCACAAAGUAAUUACACAAAUAUUUAAUUAGAUCAGGCCCGUGCCUGCAUGAAUAGAAUUAAGACUGUCUGGGACUAUAGAGAUAGAUGGGAGAGGAGAGGAGGAAUUCAGCCGACAGACAUAGCCAUGACUUCUGUGACCAAUAUUCUGUUUUAAGGGCUGGGAAGUGUGCGAUGCAAUAUUUUCGAAUGUAUGUGUCAUGUUUGUUGUUGAAAAAUAGCUGAAAGGGAGAGUUAAGGGCUAAAAUUUUAAUUCAAGCUAUUAAUGGACUGUGGAAAUACUGAAAAAUGUAUGUCUGCAACAUAUGGGCAACAAAGUAGUGUAUCAGUCACUCACAUACACACAAUCGUAGUUAAAGGGAAACUCCUCCAACUAUGAAAACAGAAUGGUUAUUUCAGAUUGGGCCAGCUACUGCUGCUGUUGGACAUCUUUAAUCUGUCCAAGUGGCCCAACAACAUAGUGAAUUGCGUGACAACCCCUUUUAACCCUCAAAAUAAAUGCAGCAUACAUAUAUAUAUUUUCUGUUCUGCACAGAUGCAAAAAAUGAUAGCACAUGAAGUGUCAGUUCUAAGAGGACAUGAAUACAGAGAUCAUUUGUUUUGCAAUAUUUGUAGGGCUACAAUCAUCUCAUUCCCUGCCUCAAACUCUGUGACUUUAAAACAACAAGAGCCAAAUUUUUUAUUAAACCAAGCCAUCAAAUCGCAUGACUGGUCGUCAAUCAACGCUGACAUCUAGUGAAGUGAUGGAUUGUUAUCUCAGUUUGCUGGGAUAUAUUGUGUGUGUGCACGCACAUCACUUACUAGUAUCUGCUCGUUUUGCUGAUAGAAUAGCUUUUAAUUCCAGUUUGCAGACUGUUAUUUGAAUAUCAUCCUUGUGCUGUUCACCCGGGAUUAACUAUCCAUUUGUGAGAGGAGAAUUCAUGUUAGCACUCAUUCUCUUCUGAACAAUUUGACAAAUAGUCUCUUAUUUUUUCAGUUACACACAUUCAUAGUAGUUAUUGUAACUGUUUGCAGAAGCUGUAUCAGAUAUUAUCUUUUGUAUUCAGAUUAAUCCUAAUAGAUGUUAACUGUUAUUGGGGUAUUUUUGAUUAAUAUAGAAAGUGGGGGGUAUAGACUUUAAAAGUGGAGCCAUGAAAAUGUGCAUCUCACUGUGUUUGCAGUGUUAUUGAUUUCACUUUGCCAGAAAGGUAGACAAAAUCAUUUAUUGCGUGUGGAAAGUUUGCAUGAAUGCGUGUGUGUGUGUGUGUUACAGGUUUGUGUGUGUUUUGCAGUGUUAAUACCAUUUAUUUUUUUCUCUCUGCUGUAAGUCUUUCGUGAAGCCUGAAAUCAGCUUCUCUGUUCCAGCCUGUCUGCUCUCUGGCCUUCAGGCUUCACUUCAAACGAUCCUGUGUGAAUUACAGGAUGUAAAGAUUGCCAUUUAUCUCAGCGGCCGUCUGUCUGGGACACAUGUUUGAUUAGUGAAAGUCCCCAUGGCUGAAUUUACAGCUUUUAACUCGCUGAUAAAUACUUCUAGAUUCAACUUUAAAUGUUAAAUACUGCUCCUUUGGUGGGCUUAGUAUUCUCAUUUCUUUGGAGUUUAUGGGAGGAAAAAAGAUGGGAGAAAUGUGGAUGUGUAUGGAUAUCAGAGGGGGUUAAAUGAUGUGUAUCUGAUUUAGCUGCACAUUUCACACAUUUCACACAUUUACACAUGCAGACACACACACACACACACUCACCUCUCUCCCCAGGGACUCCCUUCCCUCCCAUUUCUUCCGAGUCAGGGUCCUCCCUGCUUACUGAGCGAAUUACGACUGCAGAGAGGGUCAUCCGAGGUUGUGAAGGACUCAGAGAGAGAGAGAGAGAGUGUCACACACUGUAGUGAAGCUAACUCAUUCCCUCACAGCCUCCCUUUGAAGUUCCGCUUCCUCUUUCCUAUCACUUUUUUGCAAAAACAACUUCCCUUUAACCAGGGGGCAGAAUGUAUGUGUUCGUGUGUAUGUGUGUGUGUUUGUGUUUUCUAGAUCUCGCUCAUCAGUCUUAGUGUGUAGUUGUUGUGUAACUGUGAUUGAAUAUCUCUAUCUAUCCAUUAUGUGUAUCCGAGGAAAAAAGGGAGUGAAGUGUCGGCAGAGAGAAAAUGAGAGAGGAAAAUAGAGUGUGAAUCAGAGGCCAAAUUGAUGAACACGAGUCCUUGGGCAGAAAGCAAUAAACUCCAUUAACAAGGUGCAGCCACAUUAUCUGGGAAGGUGUGGCAGAGACAAAAGGGAUUAAUACUGAUAUAGAACCCAACUGCAUGUUUUAUCAGAGCUUUUAUUUUCUUACACUUUGCCCUUUUUGCGAGCUGGUUUGCUUUAAGUGUGUGUGUGUGUGUGUGUGUGUGUGUGUGUGUGCGCACGCAUUAGUUUGAGGUGGAGUCCCUUCACAUCUGCAAUGCAGCAGAAAACACAAAAAAGAGAGGGAGGAAGAGAGAGAGAGAGAGAGAGAGAGAGAGAGAGAGGCUCACGUGACAAAAGAGUGACGCCGUCCUCAGACAGAUUUUUUUUUCUCUCCCGUUUUCUCUCUCUCUCUUUUUUUCUUUCUUUCUUUUUUUUUUUUUUUUAAGGCCGCCUCAUAAAAAGUGCUUUUAUAUUGGAAUCUGGAGCACCAAGUGUCACAUCCUGUAUAGUAUUAACUAACAGAUUAACUUCAUGUACAAAAACCAGGCUGUGUUUUUAAAAGCACACCCACAGUUACUGGACACAUCUGCAUUGCACACACACACACACACACACACACACACACACACACGGCACCCUGCACCAAGCCAGCGCAGAUGUGGCUAAAUAGGGUGACCUUUACAAACAGAUCAUGGAGGGACUUCACCGCUCCAAAGCUAAUGCGGUGACUUUACAUUGUACACUAUGCUAAAAUGUCUUUAUUUACCCAUUUUUUUUUCAAGUGUGUUUUGUUAAAGAAAAUAAGAAUUGUAUUUUGGGUAUUUCUCAAUGGAAAUACUGUGAUUUAUAAGGAAAUGAUAUGAGGAAUACAUUGUGAUGCCCUCUAUGAAUCAUUGUUGGUCUGUUCAUGUUGUUGUUCUUCUUGAUUUGAUGUGGUUAUUUUGCUGUUUAAAUGCAUAUCUGUGUCUAUAUUCUCCUGUCACGUUACGUGGGAUGUUGAACAAUUGAGCUCAGUCUGCAAAGAGAGGAUAGGUAAGCACGCCAAGACCUCUUCCUACUGGUCACUGGUCCCCCACGAUCCUCCAGCACUCAUCUGUCAAUCACAGACAGGCAGACCGACUGACCUCUGAUCUCGAUCUCUUAACAGGAUUUUAAUUGGCUGACUGACAGCAUGUGGACUAAUCACCCCGCCCCCACCCCCUACCUCUUCAAAAAAAAAAAUAAUAAUACACAAAACAUACAUGCACACACACACAAACACAUCUUCUACCCAUGUGUGUGAUUCUGUGAAAGAUUUUUUGACUUUUUGUUUUGUUUUGGUUUUUGCUCUUCUUUGUACUGCAUGGAUGACCCAAGUUAUUGUGACAAAGUCUUCCAGAAAAGAUUUAAGGAUACCACCAUAAUCUUUCCUUGUCGUCUUCCAAAUGCAAAAAGAGUGCUUCAGUCUUCCAGCUAUCAAAGCCACAAUAACACUAUUUUUGUAUCCAAAUGGGGCAAAAAAUAUAUCUAUAUAUCUCUCUCUAUAAAUAUAUCCAUGCGAAUGUGGUUGGGGGUGCACUGACUCCCCCUGUUGCUGGCAAGGUGGAAUAACACAGCUUCUGUAAGCCAGCCAGACCCAUGGAUCACUUGGAGAAAGAGCUGUAAAGGACUACAGAGAGCUGUGGGACUUUGUAACUCUGGGUUGAGGUAGAGUAUCACAGAAGCAUGCAUGCGCCAAUCAUUUACUGGACACCUUCAAAGAAACAGUCUUUACUCAAUAUUUACUCUUUAACCCCUUUAACCCUUUAAUCCCUCCCUCCUCAACACUCUAUUAUUCCAAACUCUUGUCUCUGCAUUUGAAAUAUGAUCUGUAUUUAUUUCUAUAAUAACUUACACAAAGUCAAGGGAGACGUAUUAUUGGAUAUAAUUGAAUAAAACAAACUAAUAUAUUUGUAUGAUUGUAA